AUGGGUGAUCACUUGGUUCUAGAUGUGAAUCAACCCAUUAAAAGGAGUGCAGACAUGGAAGUCCCUUCAUCUUCCAAUACAGAAGCUCUUGUAGAAGAUGAAAAUGGGGCUUCUUAUGAUGAGGAAGCACCUCUAUUAACAAUGGCAGAGUGUCGUAUUUGCCAAGAGGAAGAUUCCAUUGAUGCUUUAGAGACACCCUGCAGUUGCAAUGGCAGUCUUAAGUAUGCUCACAGGAAGUGUGUUCAACACUGGUGCAAUGAAAAGGGUGACAUAACUUGUGAGAUAUGCCAUCAGCCUUAUCAACCUGGCUAUAUUGCUCCACCUCCCCGACCUUGCAUGGAAGAGACCACCAUAGACAUUGGGGGAGCAUGGCAAAUCUCAGAAGCUGAUCGUCAAUAUCUUGAAGCAGAGUACGAUGAUUAUAAUUCCACAAAUGCCAGCGGGGCAGCCUUUUGUCGUUCAGUUGUUUUAAUUUUGAUGGCUCUUUUGCUUCUACGCCAUGCGUCAUCUGUGCCUGAUUCUGAAGGAGAUGGAGAUGGAGAUGAAGACGCAUCCACGUUUUUAACUCUUUUCUUGCUUCGGAUUGCGGGGUUUCUUUUGCCCUGCUACAUCAUGAUUUGGGCCAUCAACAUUUUGCAGCGUCGAAGGCAAAGACAGGAGGCUGCAGCAUUGGCGGCUGCCCAAUUUGCUUUUGUACUGCAAGCGGGUCAAAGAAACGGGCUGCAUUUGACCGUAUCUUCUUUGGGGCCCGCACCAGCCCAAGCACCUGCACCCGCACCCACUGUGACUCCAACUGCUGCACCACAAGAUGAAAAUGUUUAAUAGUUGAGAUGAUUGAGGAAAAAAAUUAUUCAUUUUUUGUUUUUUGUUUUUUUUGGUUAGAUGAUGAGAUCAGAUUUAUUGUGAAUAAUCGAGUGUUUAUGUUUAAUGUAUAAUGAUUCAUCAUCUGAUAUGAAUUAUGAAAGCCAUUUGACAGUUUCUGUAUGAUUGACCCUUUGACCAUGUUUAAGUCGU